AGACACGCAUAUUGGUAGAUUAGGAAUGGCGGGGACAAUGAUAUCUAGAUUUGUUUCACCGCCUUACACUAUUAAAUAUUAAUUUUUUAGAUUUUUUUUUCCUUCUUCACCGCCUUUAAUAUGCUUGGGAUGAGAGAAAUGAUUUGUUCAGAGAAUAAUAAAGGAAUCUGGAGAGAACGAGCAGGUGAAGUUUCUUUGUUUUGCAUCGUAUGCAAUGGAGAAACUUGUUUCAAACUGGUGCCGUGUGCGACCUGUGCCGGAGGAUUACGUGUUUCCACCAGAAACAAGACCAGGGAUCGUCCAUGUGCCUAUAAGUGAAAGCUUCCCAGUGAUUGACCUCAACGAAGCAGAGAAAGGUGAUCCAACGCUUAUUAUGCAGAAAAUUCUCAAGGCAGCUCAAGAGUUUGGAUUCUUCCAGGUGAUCAAUCAUGGGAUUCCGGAGAAUCUAAUGAAUGAAACAAUAAGUGUGUUGAAGGAGUUCUUCCAGAUGCCAGCAGAGACCAAGCAGCACUUGUGGUCAGAGGGUUUUAGCAUGAAGGAUUGCAGGCUCAUUACGAGCUCUGUAACUUAUGCUACAGAGAAGGUUCAUCUAUGGAGGGACUGUCUCAAGCACCCAUGUCAUCCUUUAGAGAAGUGGCAGCAUAUAUGGCCUCAAAUCCCAGCGAGAUACCAUCUGAUUUGUAUCAGAGAGUGUAUUGGGGUGUGUUCAGUGGAAAUAAAGAAGUUGGCUUCCAGGAUCUUGAAGUUUAUCAGUGAAGGACUUGGGCUGGAUGGUGAAUACCUUGAGGGUGAAUAUAGCCAAUCUAUGAUACUAUCGGCUAAUCAUUAUCCGCCAUGCCCCCAGCCAGAUUUGACUCUAGGAUUAUCCAAGCAUGCUGAUCCUUAUAUCAUAACUCUUUUACUCCAAGAUGACGUCUAUGGACUUCAAGUGUUGAAGGAUGAUACUUGGCUUGGUGUCCGUCCUAAUCCACAUGCAAUUGUGGUCAAUAUAGGCUCUCAGUUGCAGGUGAUCAGUAACAAUAAGCUGAAAAGUGCAGAGCACAGAGCUGUGACGAAUUCAGGAGAAGCUCGAACUUCAGUUGUAUUUUUCAUAGGAGCUUUGGAGGAGAGUAUUAUAGAGCCCGCAAAAGAGCUGGUUGAUGAACUCCAUCCUCCAAUUUACAAGCCCUUCAAGAACAAAGAUUUUCUCUAUAAAUUCUACGCAAGUAACGGUGACUCCCAAGGCACGCUAGAAAAUUUCAAGGCAUGACUUCAAAGGAUCAGAAUAUUUAUGUCGUCUGUUCCUUUUUGUGUUCUGGGCUGCAUUUUAUUAUUAUUUACUUGUAACUUCCUUAGUGUUUAAUUAUAUUCCCCUUCAAUGUAUUAUAUAUGCGCGCAUGAAGCAAUCGAAACUAGAAGAAAAACUCCAUUGUCAA